GAUCCCAGCCAAACUUUAUAUAUAAGAAAUAUCAAAGGACGCGCCAAUGUUGAAGAAAUUAGAGCUUGUUUAUAUGGAUUAUUUUCAACUUAUGGCUCAAUCUUGGAAAUUGUCACAAAGAAAUCCGAGAAAAUGCGUGAACAGGCGUUUGUUGUAUAUAGUAAUAUUGCUUCUGCUACUACUGCCAAGCGAGGUUUAACAGGAUUCAACUUUUUGGGAUAUCCUCUUGAAAUCGAGUAUGCAAAGACAAAAUCAGAUGCAGUUGCAAAACUAGAC